AUUUGAAAUCUUUGACAAGCACUGUCACUUCGGAAAUGAAGUUGAAAUGACCAAGGAAAAUCUGGAUCAUCUCAAAAGGCAAGUACUUGACUACAAGCCAACAAUCCCAUAUUAUGUAUGCAAGAUGGGGAAGACAACGAACAACAUCACGAGAGGCAAAAUGACUUUCGAUAAGGAAUACACUGAAGAACACCUAAAGAAUUAUCUAACGGAGCCAACAACAAUUCCAAUAACCUCCAACACAAAUGCCUGGGUUGGUACACGGGUAAGGAUAAACAAAGUUGCAACUGGAAAUGCAGUGAUGACAACAAAUUGGCCAGAUGUAGUCAUGGGUGCAGAAAUAAAAGAUGGAGAUAUCUGCAUGUUCUGCUUCUACGACGGAACAAGAGAACUCGGCUGCUUCGUGACACGUCUUAGCAACUGAGUCUGAAAAACUUACUAUGAAAAUAAAAUUAUGUACCAGUUUACUUUAUUGAACCUUAUGUUUUGUA